GGGAGGAGGCGGCGGGGCCGGGGCCGCUGGGCCUCGCGAGGGCCGCGCUGAGGCGGAGUCGGGGGCGCUGCCGGGAGCCCGCCGAGGAGCGCGGCCUGCGCCUGGGCCCGGCCCCGGGGCGGCGGGGCUGCGGCGGGGCCCGGCUGAGGGGAAGGCGCCGGGGCCUGGGCGCGGCCCGCGGGGAAGCGGCGGCGGAACGGGGACGCGGUGCGGUGCGGUUUGGUUUUUAACGGCGCUCGGGGGGCGCUGGUGUGGCGGUGCGGGGCCGUGUUCGCCGCGACAUAACGCGUGCCGGGCCCGGGAUGCUGCUCGCCGUGGUGCUGUGCGCGGCCGUGCUGCCCCGCGCCGGGGCGGCGCCCGACGAGGAGUGGAUCGACCCCACCGACAUGCUCAACUACGAUGCGGCGGCCGGAGCCAUGAGGAGGCCCUACAAGGUAAACUAUUAUGAUUCUGAGGAUAAGACAGCGGAUGCAGUCAACACUGAAAAGUUACCAAGUUGCUUCAGGGAAGUGGAUUCCUUGCAACAGAAGAUUGCAGAAUGCGAGAAGAGGAAUGCCAAAUCACAGGAAAGCCGGAGCUUUUAUAUUUUUAAGCGAUACUUGAAUAAGAUUCUCAAUGAAGCUGGAAAACUUGGCCUUCCUGAGGAAGACAUGGACCGUGUGCAUUAUGAUGCUGAGAUCAUCCUUACAAAACAGACGUAUUUGGAAAUCCUCAAGUUUCUCAAUGAGGAAACGUGGCAGUCAGGGGCUGUGGAUGAUGCUCUUAGUGAUAUUUUGAUCAAUUUUAAGCACCAUGAUGGUAAAGCUUGGCAUUGGAGCUUUGAAGACACUUUUGGAAUUGAUUUAUAUAAUAUGUUUAUGAUACUCUUGUGCUUAGUGUGCACUGUGAUUUUAAUAGCUACGGAGCUGUGGACACGUAUUCAUUGGUUUGUUCAGCUGAAACGUGUUUUAUUAAUAAGUUUUCUCAUCAGUUUUGCAUGGAACUGGCUUUACUUAUAUAAACUGGCCUUCGCGCAGCACCAAGCAGAAAUUGCCAAAAUGGAGCAGUUUGAUAAUGUCUGUGCUGAGAAAUUGGACUGGAGGGACAGCCUUAUUGAAUGGCUCAGAAGUAAGUGGACGUUGCAGGACGAUCCCUGCCAGAAGUACUACGAAACGCUACUAGUGAAUCCUGUUCUGCUGGUUCCACCAACAAAGGCAUUGGCUAUUACUUUCACCAACUUUGUAACUGAGCCUUUGAAGCAUGUGGGACAAGGCAUUGGUGAAUUCAUCAAGGCGCUUAUGAAGGAGAUACCACUGCUCCUGCAGAUUCCAGUGCUAAUUAUAAUGGCUCUGGCUGUCCUGGCUUUCUGCUAUGGCGCAGGAUCGUCCGUGCCUAUGAUAAGAUAUUUAACAUCUUCUCAGAGGAAGACACUUCCUCCACCUGACAGUCAACAGGAGAAAAUAGAUUUUGGGCGAUACGAUGGGAGUACAUCAGAUGGCCGUUAUUCACAGAAGAUUCCUUACAUUUAUAGAGGACAUUAUGACAGGGGAGAUGCUCAGCUGAGACCUGGAAAUGGCAGCAGAAACCCUGACAUGUUGCAUGCAAGCAGUGAGCCAGACACGCAAGUAGAAGAGUCUCAAAAAACGGACCCUGGUAACAGAUUGCACACUGAGUCUGAAGUCUGUAGAGUAGAAACUGCCCCAGCUACAAAUGUUACCGAAGAACGUGCACUGGAACAGCAGAAACAGCAGCCAGGCAAAGCAGAACAAGAGACUGGAGAAAACUGCGAUCUUAAUAAAAACCUAGAAGGAACAAGUUCCACAGGGGGUCUACUUGAAGAGGAGAAAAAGGGCAGUACGUGCAACUCACAGGAAGGAGGAGACUGAGGAACCCGCAACCUCUGCUGUGGAGUAGAGGAUGUUGCUACUGAAGCAGCUGAGAAUCUGUUCCUCUCCUGGAAGUAGCAUCUCUGAUCAUCCAUCCUGUUACUCUGGAAUCGACUCAGCAGAUCAAAGAACCCUUCAUCUGCCAUUGUCUCGCGACUGUUUCUCUGGAGAGGAGAGAAAAAAUAGAGGUACUUUGAACUCAGAAGUACCUAAAACCAGGACAACUGCGUGGCAGUUUCAUUCCAGUAAUGUGUUUGAUAACUGAAAUCCAGUAAGCUAAUUUUUUUAGUCAUCCAUUUCUAUAGACAGCGAUUUAGCCUAAUAAGAAAUGUUAAUAAUAUGGCAAACGCUUCUGGAAGGUAAAUCUAUUAGAAACAUUUUGUUCUCUGAAACAUAACGAAAUAGGGCUCUUAUCAGUACAAAUGGAGUAAUUCCUCCUCAGCCAUUAACCAACCAACAACCCAAAUAUAUGCCUAUGAAAGAGAAAACAAGAACAACAACAAUGAACAAUAUCCAUUUGCUCC